UAAUUUAUUCGCUGGCAAUGCUCGAGCAAACAGCGCGGUACGACAAAUAUCUCAAAAGUCAUUUUUAUAAACUCUAGCGUUUACUUGAUGAUAAAAAUCGGCUCCUGGUUAAGAGAUGCCUGGUCUGCAAAUUUUGCUUUUAUUUGGAAUGUUUUGCUUUUCAGAAGGUAAAGCAUGUCCAGAAAAGACACGCGAGCAUAAAUCCUUUUGCGAUAUUUAUUAUAAAUGUACAGAGUUGUCAUCAACUGCUUAUGCCUGGAUACCAGUGUCCUGUGAACAAGGACUUAUCUACGAGCAUAAGUUACGUAGUUGUGUUGUACCGCCAAACGAUUGGGAAUGUCUUAAGGAUACGAAUAAAGGGAAGACGAGAUCAAGUAGAUAUCAUAAUAGAAACAAUAAACAUGAAUCCGAUAUUUAUGUUAUCGCAAAUCAUUUGGAAGCGGACGACACGGAAAAUGAUUUUAUAUAUAAAGACGAAAAUGAUAAAGAUGAUGAGGUAAAAAUCGUUUUAGCGCAGAACUUAAAUAGCGAAGACGAUAACUAUGAAGGCAGUGGUAGUGGCAAUGAUAACGAAAAACUUAUGGAACUGGAUGGUUUUAUGGAAACGAAAAGCAUUGAAAAUUCAAUGGUAACAACAAAUCAAACGACCGUUAAAGGCUUGGAAGCAAAAGAGACUGUAGAAGAUAUCGACAAGAAAUCGAACGUCGACCAUAAUUUGCUAAAGUAUUUACAACGUUUGUCGCAAUUGGUUGAUGGCUUAAAACAACCCUAUCAGCAUACUGAUCCACAGCGCGAGGAAUUAAGGCCCGACCAGCUAAACGCUUUUUUAGCUCAUUUUAAUAUCAAAAAUGAAUUUAACGCUUUAUCUGCACCGCCUUACUUAAGUCCUCCUCAAACGAUAUGGUUUAAUAGAACGCACGAAAAGGAGAGAUUAAAAAAUUUGAAACCAAUAACGGGAUUUGUAAUGCAUAAUAAUGCUUUGAAAAACUAUUUAAGCUACGAUCGUCUUAACGGUUACGAUGAACGCUAUCCUAACACUCAUCUUGCAGACAAUCAGAGGCCACAGGGUAUCUUAAUGUUAGCUUCGCCUUAUCAUGCCGGUCAAGAAGCAAUUCAACAACAAUUUAUAGAGUACAGUAGUGAUAACGUACCAAAAAUUCCCAAGGAAACUUUAAAAACUGUCUUAGAAUUAUCCAAGCAGAUGAUUGCUUCGCAAAAUAUGCCGAAAAUUAUAUCGAAUCCGAGUUAUUUCAAUCCAUUACUAAUGCCACCAAUUACUUUCACUUCACAAAAAGGCGACAGUCCUUUCUCCAAUAGUUAUCAUGCUAUUCUACCGAAUGGGAACAAUCAGGCUCUGGCGACGAACAACGGAAACAUAUUCAGUUCAGCGAAACGACCAACUAACAAUGGAUAUAAUAAUAGAAAGCCUCCAACCACUAUAAUACACAACAAUGUCAUACCCAUUCAAGUUAGUGGAAGCGAUUUCGAUGACAAAUAUAAUGUCGACAGUUAUGGCCAGGGUGUUUAUCCGCCUUUGUUGAAUUACGUGGCCAAUACGCAGCCGAAUCUAAAUAAACAGAAAUAUGAGAAUAAUGACUAUUCAGAGCCCUCUACAGACGCGCCCUUUCUUAGCUCUUCCUAUGCGACAACUGCAAAACCCUUCGAGUUUCUCAACACCCCCUCUGCCAUAACAAACUAUUUCAUUCCAAGUCAACACCUAGAUAAUGAAAAUAUUAAUGCGCAUUUUCAAAUUACGAACGGCUACGGCAGUCUUCCACGUCCUCAGACGGUGAAGCAGCAGCAACUUCUCACUUCUUUCCCUGCAAGCAGUCAUCACCAAAUUACACACAACUUGAAACCGAACUUUUCCGAGUACUAUAUAAACAAUUCGCCUUUUGUAACGGACAUCAAUCCACAAAACAUUCUCAUUCAACCGAAUUCUCAAAAAUACGACAGCAACGAAGUGGAUAACAACUCACUGCAACAAAACAUUAACGGAGGAGGGAACAACGAUCACCUACCCUUCAUAAUAUAUAGUUACGGUAAACGUAAACCCACCCACUCAAUACCUGGAGAGAGCUAUCCGCCGCAAACACCCUUACAUUCAGUUUUUAGUUCGAGCAAAAUGCCUUAUAUGCCAAGACCCAGUAUGAGUUCGAGUCCUAUGCCAUCUUUUCAUAAUAUUCCGAACAAUGAUUUGUCUUCAGUUUUGUUCAAUUUUCACGACGAUGGCGCAUAUUUAGUUAAUGUUGGAGGCAAUUUUAUAAGUUUUAAUGUUUUUAAAAAAUCUGUGCUACCGCUAAUGGAGCAAAACUCUUUAUCGCUAAGUCAAAUAGAAAUAAUAAAUUGCGCGUCUACGGUUAGACAGCCGAAUUCUACUGAUUGCUCGCGCUACUAUGUGUGCAGUAAGAAGGAUAGUAAAGUGUUAUCGUACUCCUGUCCCCCGUACACGGCAUUCAAUAAGGAAACUCGCAUUUGCGAUAAGCCAACUUAUACGAAAUGCAAAACCGAAUUGACUUUCGCCGAUGGCUUUUUAGUCAACGAAAAAGAACAAAUGGAAUUGGAGGCUUUAAUGGCCUGGAAAGAAAGGAAACAUAAACAGCAACAGCAAGGUACAAAGACUCCAAACUUAUCUAAUGUUUACCAAUUACAUCUCAACUAUCCGUUAUCUUCGACUACCAUACUACCCGAUAGCAACAUCGAGGAAUCGUUUAUACAACAUCAGGCAGCUUUAAUGGAAAGUACAACUAAUAAACCAAUUAGUUCUGUCGGCCAUAUUAAGAAACAUAAAUACUAUUGCAAAGAAGGCGACAAGAUUGCGGAUCAAUCAUCGACAAACAACUAUUUUGUAUGCUAUAAGAAUUCCCAGGGUCAAAUGAAAGGCCAUAAAAUGACUUGUACUAAAGGUUUAAUCUUUUGUGCGACUUCUAAUAUUUGUACUUUAGCAACGAAAUGUUUUUAA